CCUUUUCCUUCCAAUAAAGCAAAUUUAACCAUCAAAGGCACCGCGUUUUCUCUUUAUUAAGGUUAUUUUUCUUUCUGCAGCAGUCACUGUCCGCCGAGGCUAGAGAAAUUAACACGAUGGGCUCCAUCAAUGGCAGGUGUUUGCAGGAACUGAGCUAACACAUCUCCUAAAGCUUCUCUUCAAAUUCUUGAUAAAAGUGAGCUGGGUUUCUUGCAAGCAUAAGAAGUAUUGUGCCUCAGUAUAUGAGUGUCGGGUUUGAUCUCAAUUCUCAAGAGCAAAGGAAUUAUAUAUGGGUUCUUUGGAGAUUGCAUAUGGGCGACAAAACUGUUUAAUCCGAGAAAGUUUUUGAGAUAAUUGAUGAUGUUUAGGCAUGGUGAUUGACUAAAAUGUCUUGGUUUCAAUCUCAAAUUAUCCACAAAGGUGCUCACUUUUCUCACCAUCCUUACUCUUUGCUUUCAUCGUCCUCGUCUGCUUCCUCUUCUUCGUAUUCUCCUUCAUUGCCAUAUAAUAGUGAUUACCAGAAACAAGCUUCUUCUAGUAACAAAAUAAGCCCCGCUCUCCUUUUUAUCAUAAUUAUUCUAGCUGUUAUAUUUUUCAUUUCUGGUGUUCUCCACCUGCUUGUUAGAUUUCUCAUAAGACAUAGAUCAUCAGUAUCUGAGUCCGAUAGAUACCCAGAAAUGGCCGGAUCUGAUGCUAUCCAAAGACAGUUGCAACAACUCUUCCAUCUUCAUGAUUCUGGCCUAGAUCAAGCUUUUAUUGACGCACUGCCUGUAUUUCUUUACAAGGAGAUUAAGGGUCUAAAAGAGCCAUUUGAUUGUGCAGUUUGCCUCUCUGAAUUCUCAGAGAAAGACAAGUUGAGGUUGCUGCCUGCAUGUAGUCAUGCCUUCCACAUUGAUUGCAUAGACACAUGGUUACUAUCCAAUUCAACUUGCCCCCUUUGCAGAGGAACCCUCUAUACACCAGGGAUCCCCUUUGAAAAUCCAGUUUUUGAUGAUGAAGAACCAAGGGAAGAAGAUGGGUUUUCAAGUACAGCAGGAAGUGGGGUAUCGGUUGGCCAAAAACCAGCAGAGAAUGAGAGAAUCAAUUCAAAAAGGGUGUUUUCUGUGAGACUCGGUAAAUUUAAAAGCUCAAAUAGCGAAGCAGUCGAGACCAGUAGCAGUAAUUUGGAUGCAAGAAGAUGUUAUUCAAUGGGGUCAUACCACUAUGUGGUUGCUGAUCUAGAUUUGCAAGUGGCUCUUUGCCCUGGCACAGGUGCUGGUCCUGGUCCUAUCAAGCUUGUGAAAGGAAGAAAUGGACAAAAUGGGGAUCCCUUAACUGAUGGAGAUGUUGAGGGGAAGAAGAUUAACAGAAGUAAUGGUGAAAGUUUUUCUGUUUCCAAGAUAUGGCAAUGGUCUAAGAAAGGUAAAUUCCCAAGUUUAUCUGAAACCCACAGGGGUAUUUCUUCUGUAUCUGUGGAUUUGCCAUGGAGUGAUAAGAGCUUAGUGAUAGAACCCACAAGGUAAAAAUUCCCGAGCUUUGUUGUACUGUUCAAAUGAUAACAAUUAAUCCAAUUAUUUAAGCAAAUUUUUUUUUC